UCAAAAAAGAUGGAGGAGUUACAGCUGUCAGAAACUUUACAACGAUAUUUUUCCGAUGUUUUCCUAUGUUGCGAUGAAGAAAAAUCCGGAAACGCCUCCCUGACCAAAACCGUCGAACUAAUCAAAUCCGGAAAUGUGCCGGAGGACGUCAUAUCCCAAAUUUCAGAGAUCUGUUGGGGCCAAAACACGACCAGUCUGACUAGGAAACAAUUUUUUUCCGCUUUGAAAUUAGUAGCGGCGUACCAAGCCAAUAUCCCCAUACAAUCCGAGAUAGUAACUUCCAAUUUGGAGCUGCCUUUACCCAGGUUUACUUGGAACAACCUGGAGAAUGAAGCGCAGAUUCCUGAUUUAAUUGAACUGAGGAACGAUGCCAAUGAUUACGUUGAGCAGGUUGAUGCUAACAGUACUGAUUCGGAGGUUGAUAGUGAUACGCUUAGUAUAGUUAGGAAUGGUUCACCUGAAAUAUCUAGUACGGCUUCCGACAGCCCAACGCCCACGAACAGUGUGCAGGAUAGGAGUUGGGCGGUCGGUGGUGCAUGGCAAGGUUUAGUAUCCGAAGAACAACGACAGCUUCUAGGUACUGAAGAAGAAUCGAGUGAUAGACACAGUAGCGAAGAGGACACCGAAGUCAGCUCGGAAAUAUGGACGAUCAAUCCCGAACAACGCGAAUACUACACUAAUCAAUUCCGAUCCCUCCAGCCAGACACUAAUGCCUUACUAGCUGGACCAGUAGCUCGAAUGUUUUUCGAAAAAUCCCGCCUUCCCGUACACGAACUCCGCAAAAUAUGGCAGCUAGCAGACGUCACAAAAGAUGGCGCCCUCAGCUUACAAGAAUUCAACACGGCCAUGCACUUGGUCGUCCUCAGGCGCAACCACAUAGAGCUCCCCGACGUCCUCCCUCCGACCCUCAUCCCCGGCAACGAAAGUCCCCUUUCCGUCAGCCCGGAGACCGAACCCAUGCUAUCUCCCCAAACGAAAGACACCGCCAAAGAAUGGACGAAAUUCGUCGACAGUCCAACGAGCUCCGUUUCAUCGCCGGGUCCGAAACCUGUCAAUUUCGACUUUCAGAAAAUCACUUUGGACAAAGACUCGAAAAUUCUACAUCCCGUGCCACUGAGGCUAACACCGGAGACUUCCGCCGCCGUGGCGCCACCUGGAGAAGAUCUAGUCGACAGCAUUGAAGCGCACAGUCCCAAGAAAUUCAUCGACGUUUCGAACAAUCCACAAAACAACAACAACAGUGCUAUUCAGAGACCUCAACCGAAGAAAAUCAGCAUACCUGGUCCAGGGGCGAUCCCGCCACCGCCCACUAGUCAGAGCAGCGUGGAGGAGGGGCCGGUGAGUCUCCCCGCCUUCCCUCCGCCGAAAAAGGAGAAGCCGCCGCCUCCUCCGCCUCGACCGUUCAAGAGCCACGGCCGGAGUUCCUCGCUGGACCUGAAUAGGCUGAGUAAGCUGGGAGCUCCGCCCACCGUUCCGCCCAGGAUCAGCCCCAACAUACAGUCCUCCAAGAAAUUGAUCAAUCAGAGGUCCGAAGGCGACACUGGAGCCGUGGAGAACGCGUUCGCCGCCAAUUUUGAUAACUUCGAGAAGUACGAGAACGUGGACGAAGGGAUCUUCCCCGGGGAUUUGUACGAAGCUGAGCGGAAGAAGAUUUUCGCCAAGUUCACGGCAGGGAAUAGCGAAUUACCGAGAAAGCAUGGUGCUUUUGAGGUGUAUAGGAAACCGGCCAAAAGUCAGGAGAGCCCGAUCAGCGGAGAGGAUAAAGCUAAGUGGGAGUUGUUCCAGAAGUUGCAGGAGGAGAAUACCGUGUUGUUGAGGAUUUGCCAAGAGUUGAGUCAGGAGCUGGCGGAUAUUAGGGAAGAGAAGAUGACGCUUAAGCUUAGGUUAGAAAAGCAGAUGAAUAUGGGAUAGUUUUAUCAGGUGUGUUAGUUCUACAAAGUACCCGUAAGGCGUCCUCGAUUAAAUCAAAGAAAUACUUUUAAGUUGAAUCUCCAGGUAUUAUUAGGCCGACAGUGCCAUAAACUGCCUAUCGUGAAUCUUUGAAUUGUUCAAUUAUUAUCUAAUUUGAUUAUUGAGUGAAGAAUAUUUUUUUAAUAUAACGUUAUCAAAUGAAAUUUGAAGAUCUUCUAUUAUGUAUAAAUUAUACUGUUGUUCAGAAUUUAAUUUUAUUUAUAUUUACGGCUCUAUAGCAGCAAAGUCUUAUAUUUUUCGUGUAGCUAUAGGAAGACUGUAUUUUAAAAUUAAAUAAAACUUAAAGAUCAAUAA